AUGGCGACCCCCGCGCUGGACUCCCUCCCGGCGCCGCUCCGGUCGCUGCGGCUCAAGACGAAGCAGCAGGAGCUCCUGCUCCGCGUCUCGGCGCUGGCGCUCAUCUACAUGCUCGCCUUCGCCGUCCGCCUCUUCUCCGUCCUCCGCUACGAGUCCAUGAUCCACGAGUUCGACCCCUACUUCAACUACCGCACCACGCUCUUCCUCACCGAGAACGGCUUCAGCGAGUUCUGGAACUGGUUCGACUCCGAGAGCUGGUACCCGCUCGGGCGCGUCGUCGGUGGGACGCUCUUCCCGGGUCUCAUGGUGACCGCCGCGUUGCUCCAUCGCCUCCUCCGCGCGCUCUCCCUCGCCGUCCACAUCCGCGAGGUCUGCGUCCUCACCGCGCCCUUCUUCGCCGCCAACACCACUCUCGUCGCCUACGCCUUCGGCCGCGAGAUCUGGGACUCCGGGGCGGGGCUCUUCGCCGCAGCGCUCAUCGCCAUCGUCCCUGGCUACAUCUCCCGCUCCGUCGCGGGGUCCUACGAUAACGAGGGCGUCGCCAUCUUCGCCCUGCUGCUCACCUUCUAUCUCUUCGUGCGCGCCGUCAACACGGGGUCGCUCGCCUGGGCGCUCGCCUCGGCGUUCGGCUACUUCUACAUGGUGUCGGCAUGGGGAGGCUACGUGUUCAUCAUCAAUCUCCUCCCGCUCUAUGUGCUUGUGCUGCUUGUCACUGGGAGGUAUUCACAGAGGCUCUACGUGGCCUACAAUUGCAUGUAUGUGCUUGGGAUGUUGCUUGCGAUGCAGAUCCGUUUCGUUGGAUUCCAGCAUGUGCAGUCCGGGGAGCACAUGGCUGCUAUGGGAGUCUUCUUCCUCUUGCAGGUUUUCUUCUUCUUGGACUGGGUGAAAUACCUGCUAAAUGAUGCCAGACUAUUCAAGUCAUUCCUUCGAAUUACUCUUACAUGUGUGAUUACUGUUGGCACCCUGGCUCUUGGAAUUGGUACUGCAUCUGGUUACAUCUCCCCUUGGACAGGACGGUUUUACUCCCUGCUUGAUCCUACCUAUGCAAAGGACCAUAUACCAAUCAUUGCGUCUGUUUCUGAGCAUCAGCCAACAGCAUGGUCAUCUUUCAUGUUUGACUUCCACAUCCUCCUUUUCCUGUUCCCAGCUGGCCUUUAUUUCUGUUUCAAGCGCCUGUCAGAUGCCACGAUAUUUAUUGUUAUGUAUGGCCUCACGAGUAUGUACUUUGCUGGUGUGAUGGUCCGGUUAAUUCUUGUGGCAGCACCAGCCGUUUGUCUUAUUAGUGCUAUUGCUGCAUCUGCUACAAUAAAGAAUCUGACCACUUUGAUCCGGACAAAGAGCAGAAGUCCACAGACCACUUCUGGAAAAACAACUGGCUCAAAGGCAGCUGCAAAGGGAGCAGUUGAUCAAACUUUACCAUUCCAACACAAUGCAGCUAUUGCUCUUCUUCUGGGUGCCUUUUACUUGCUCAGUAGGUAUGCCAUACACUGCACGUGGGUGACAUCUGAGGCUUACUCUUCUCCAUCUAUAGUUUUGGCCGCAAGGGGUCAUAAUGGUGGAAGAGUCAUCUUUGAUGAUUAUCGUGAGGCAUACUAUUGGCUUCGUCAGAACACUCCUCCUGAUGCUAAGAUUAUGUCUUGGUGGGACUAUGGAUACCAAAUUACAGCUAUGGGUAACAGAACUGUCAUUGUUGAUAACAAUACAUGGAAUAACACACACAUAGCUACAGUUGGACGUGCUAUGUCAUCUUACGAAGAUGAAGCAUAUGAGAUCAUGCAAUCACUUGAUGUGAACUACGUGCUUGUUGUAUUUGGAGGUGUUACUGGAUAUUCUUCAGAUGAUAUCAACAAGUUCUUAUGGAUGGUACGUAUUGGUGGAGGAGUUUUUCCUGUAAUCAAAGAGCCAGAUUACCUUGUUAAUGGGGAGUAUCGGAUUGACAAGGGGGCAGCACCAAAAAUGCUGAACUGCCUAAUGUACAAGCUUUGUUACUACCGAUUUGGAGAACUUACCACUGAAUAUGGAAAGCCUCCAGGGUAUGAUCGUGUACGGGGAGUGGAGAUUGGCAACAAAGAUAUAAAACUUGAAUACUUGGAGGAGGCAUUUACAACUUCAAACUGGAUAGUGCGCAUAUACAAGGUGAAACCCCCAAAGAACAGGUCCUGA